AUGUCCUACUACCCGCCUUACUCGGGCGCGCCGGGUUACCCCCCACAGCAGUCUUAUCCCCCGCAACAGUACCCACCAAUGCAUCAUCAACAGCAACCAUCUUAUGGCGGCUAUCCGGGCCAGUCUUACCACCAGGCACCGCCGCCGCCGCAGCAACAGUCCAACCCGUACGGAUACAGCCAUUCACCCCAACCGCCUCAGCAGCCAUACGGAGCGCCCCCGCAACAUGGAUACAAUCAGGGUCCGCCGUCCGGUUACAGUCAGCACGCGCCCUCGGGGCCACCAAUGCAACAAGGAAGACCAGCCUACGGACAAAAUGGUGGUCCCCCACCCCCUCCUAGCAACCCCGUCUCCUUCGGUCACGGCGCUCCGCAAAAUUACAGAUUCCAAUACUCCACCUGCAGAGGCAAGCGAAAGGCGCUGUUGAUUGGUAUCAAUUAUUUCGGUCAGAAGGGUCAGCUGCGCGGAUGUAUCAACGACGUCAAGAACAUGUCGACCUACCUGAACCAGACCUUUGGUUACGCCCGUGAGGACAUGGUCAUUUUGACCGAUGACCAGCAAAACCCAAUGAGCCAGCCGACCAAGGCCAACAUCCUGCGGGCUAUGCACUGGCUGGUUAAGGAUGCCCAGCCCAAUGACUCCCUCUUCUUCCACUACUCCGGCCACGGCGGCCAGACACCCGAUCUGGACGGUGAUGAAGACGAUGGAUACGACGAAGUGAUCUACCCAGUUGAUUUCCGAGCCGCCGGCCACAUCGUCGACGACGAGAUGCACCGAAUCAUGGUUCGAUCUCUUCAACCAGGAGUCCGCCUCACAGCAAUCUUCGACUCAUGCCACUCCGGCUCUGCCCUGGACCUGCCCUACAUCUACUCUACCUCCGGUAUCCUCAAGGAGCCCAACCUGGCCAAGGAAGCCGGCCAAGGCCUGCUCGGCGUGGUCUCCGCGUACGCGCGUGGUGAUAUGGGCAGUAUGAUGUCCACCGCGAUGGGCUUCAUCAAGAAGGCCACCAAGGGCGACGAAGUCUACGAGCGCAACAAGCAGACCAAGACCUCCCCCGCCGAUGUCAUCAUGUGGUCUGGUAGUAAGGACGAUCAGACUAGUCAGGAUGCUCAGAUUGCUGGCCAGGCUACUGGUGCUAUGUCUUGGGCUUUCAUUGCUGCUCUUCGCAAGAAUCCUCAGCAGAGCUAUGUUCAGCUGCUCAAUAGUAUUCGUGAUGAGCUUUCGACCAAAUAUAGCCAGAAGCCUCAGCUGAGUUGCAGCCACCCUCUUGAUACCGACAUCCUUUACGUGAUGUGA